GCUAAUAAAGUUUAGGUUGAAAAUAUAAGUAGUAACAGGAAGUAAUUCUCACAGGCGGUUUCGUUUCUGGUUCCGAAGUUUCUGACAGUAGCGCUGCGCUGUACCGGACCCUUACCCGUCGGAUCCACUGCUGGGUAUGAACCAGAGCCAAGACCGAACCACGAAACGUUGACACAUCGUUGCUUCUGCCGCACAGCCUGAUGGGUAAAAUGCUAACAGCGCAGCGGCGGUGAUUGGUGGAGACAGCUGGUCAAGGUGAGCGGCGGCAGGUUCGACCCGGCCCGUUUCUGUAUCCGCUCCUGUAGAACCUGCAGGUCCAGUUCAGAACAACGGCAAAGGAGGAGGACUCAGACCGGAACCAUCAGAACCAGACAUGUCCCUGUCGGCCCAGAGGGACCGGGUCCAGAAGCAGGUGGAGGAGCUGGAGCGCAGCCUGGCUGUGACCCGGGACGAACUGGACCUGCUGAGCAGUGAGACAGAUGAUGGAUCAGACAGUCAGGACGACGAGGGACAGAGCCCAGCUGAGCUGUUGGCCCAGAAGCAGAAGAUUCAGUCGGAGAUCCAGAACCUGGAGGACAUGUUGGGUCCCUGCAGCGUGUCCCUGGACGUGUCCAGCGAGGACAGCAGCGACUCCAGUGACAGGAGCGAGCCGGACCUGUCUCCGAGUGCGUCCUCGUGUCUCCAGCUCAACCUGGUCUACCAGCAGGUGGUCCAGGAGACGCUGGACCAGCUGGAGGCGCUGCUGGCCCACAACCGCAGGCAGCAGAGGGAGCUCACAGCCCAGAUGAACGGACCAAUCAGAGAGUCCACCAGAGAAGGUCCCGCCUCGUCCAAUCAGCAUCCAGCUAAGAUGUUCCUGGGCAGCUUCCUGAAACCGUACUUCAAGGACCGUCUGACGGGCCUGGUACCACACACACACACACUGAACACACACACACACACACAGAGGAACACACUGAACACACUGAACACACACACACUGAACACACACACACACACAGAGGAACACACACACACACACACUGAACACACUGAACACACACAGAGGAACGGACCAAUGGGACGCCUCGUUGUUUCUGUCCAGGGCCCUCCAGCCAAUCAGGAGGUGAAGCUGAAGGCUCAGAGGAUGAUGGGAUGUCCAGAAGACACGAAGCUGAAAGUGAAAAGAUGGGAGAGCUGGCAGAAAACGCUGCUGGUCCACUCAGUGACUAGAGACCGUCUGAAGAGACUGAUGCUGCCCAAACUGUCCAGGCUGGACUUCCUGACCUCCAAACGUUCUUCGGCUCAGGGAGCCGACAGACAGCAGCUGACUGAGCAGAUCGACGACCUGGAGAAAGACCUGCAGCUCCUGAGGAUGAAGAGAGAGGAGGAGCUUACUGGUGAUCGCUACGAAGAACACGACUGGCAGAAGAUCUCCAACGUCGACUUUGAAGGGACGAAGGACGCGGAGGACAUCCGUCUGUUCUGGCAGAACGUCCUCCACCCGUCCAUCAACAAGACGGCCUGGAGCAGCGAGGAGGUCCAGAAGCUGAGCGCCAUCUGCAGGAGACACCAGGACAGAGACUGGGACUCGAUCGCCCAGGAGCUGGGGACGGGGAGGACGGCCUUCAUGUGUCUCCAGAUGUUCCAGCGUUUCGUCUCCGACUCUCUGAAGCGCAGCAGCUGGACGGUGGAGGAAGACGAGCAGCUGAGGGAGCUGGUCCAGAGGAUGAGGAUCGGGAGCUUCAUCCCGUACACGCAGAUCAGUUACUUCAUGGAGGGUCGUGAUCCGACUCAGCUCGUCUACAGGUGGAGCCAGGUUCUGGACCCGAGCCUGAAGAGAGGCUCGUGGACCGAGCAGGAGGACCGGCUCCUGCUGCAGGCUGUGGCUCGUCACGGAGAGAAGAGCUGGUGGAAGGUCCGGUUGGAAGUUCCUGGACGCACCGAUGGAGCCUGCAGAGACAGGUAUCUGGACUGUCUGAAGAAGAACGUAAAGAAAGGUCCGUUUGAGAGACAUGAGGUGGAGCUGCUGGAGCAGCUGGUGAAGAAACAUGGAGUUGGUCGCUGGGCCAAAAUCGCUGCAGAGAUCCCUCAUCGCCUCGAUGCUCAGUGUCUGAGAGAGUGGAGGAAGCUGGUGCGAGAACCUGCUCAGGACAGAAGGAAAAUCAGGAAGACCUGCAAGACAGGAGGAAGAGGAGGAAGAGGAGGAAGAGGAGGAAGAGGGCGGGGUGCUGGAGGUUUCAAUGUUGGCAUCAGGAGAGGAAUAUUGAAGAUAAAGGAGGAAGACGAGGCACCGUUAACUGAGGAUGAGGAGGAGGAUGAGGAGGUGCAGUACAUGGACAGUGAUGAAGACUGUAAUAAGAAGAGGAAGAGGAGCGAGGAGGAGGAGCAGCAGGAGGAAGAGUACAUCCUGCCGCCGAUGGAGGAGUGGCUUCCAGCUGAGGCGAAGCAAAGCUCCGCCUCCCUGAGCUUCACGCUGGUGGAGCUCCCUUCCUCCGGCGAGGCUCCGGACGGAACCGCGGUCCGAUCCACCGUGCUGGGACGACCCGGACCCUCCGUCAUCAUCGGGCCUCCGCCCAGAGAGCUGUCCCGGGAGGAGCGCCACAGCUCCUCCGCCGUGCCGAUGGCAUCCCGGGAGGCGCUGCGUCUCCACCUGAGCGUCCUGAAGCAGAAGGCCGGCCCCGCCCCCCAGCCGGGGCGGCGGCAGCGCCCGCAGGCCCGGGAGCUGAGGUACGAGCUGCAGGUCGCCGUCACGCCGUGGAUCGGGAACCUGCUGAUCCCAAAGAGCCAGAAACGGAGCGCCGCAGAUGCUCUGAGGGAGGGAGGAGAGAGGAGCGGCGUCUCCACCUCCUCCGCCUUCACGCUGCUCCUCCAGGUCAUGAAGGUAGACAUGCUGGGCUGCCGGCAGAUGAUCGAGGAGAGGAAGGACAAGGCGGACCUGCAGGCCCCGCCCCACGCCCAGGGGCCCAAACGGGUCUCAGAGCUCCUCGCCAACAGGAAGAGGAGGAACCAAGAGGAGGAGGAGGACCAACGGAGAGCUUUGCUGCAGGCUCCGCCCACCCUGCAGGCUCCGCCCACCCUGCACCCUUCUAGCAGAUAUCCUCAGACGUUUCCUCCUGGUCUCCUCAUUCCAGCUGAUUCCAUCUACUUUGUUCCUCCAGCUCCUCUGAUCCCAAACCCCCAACCAUCCUGCACCUCCUCCUCAGGGGUUCCUGUUGCCUCUAGUCUGACCAGUAGCCUUGCUCCAGGAAGUCCAGUGGCUCUGAAGGAUGUGGGCGGAGCCAGUGAUGAAGCGGCUGGGUCUCGUAGUGAGGUGGGCGGGGCUAAUGCAGGUGAUGAAGGUGCAAAGCAGAAGGACGGAGCGAAUCUGGAGUCUGGACCCAUGGAUUCAGCAGGUUCUCCAGAACCGGACCGGACCCAGAACUCAGACGGUCCUGCUGUCGGCACCGCGUGCCAUGCAGCAGUCAGCUGCUCCUCAUCACCUCUGACCUCUGCUCUACCUUCUUGCCCCGAUCAGGCCCCCCCCCCAUCCACAGAUGCUGCCGUCCAUCAGAGUGGGGGCAGGAAGAGGGGGCGGGCGGAGGCGGGCGGCGCCGGGCCGGUCCAGGAGGGGAAGAGAGCCAGGAGGCCGACCCUGAAGAUCCGGGAGUCCAAGGAGCUCCAGGCUACAAAGAAGAAGAGAAGCUCCGCCUCCUCUACGCUGAACUGUGUUGGCAGGGCCCAAUCAAAGGGAAGCAGCGUCACAGAGGCCCCGCCCCUCCAUAAAACCCCGCCCCUCCGCAAAGCCCCGCCCCUCCACAAGGUCCCGCCCUUCUCUCAGAUCACUGGUCUCCAUUUCCUUUCUAACCAGUCCAUGUGGGUCAUGACCCCUGGUCCAGUCCCUGUGGGUCAGGCUCCGCCCCCAGCCCUGCAGGUGGGGCUCUUACCCAGAGGCCCCCCCCUAGCAUGUGAAGCCCCGCCCCCUCCGACGGCAGGACGCUCCUCGGUGACCCCAGCAGUCCUUCAUGACCUCCAGCUCUCACCUGUUCCCAUCUGUAGAUUUAAGCCCCUCCUCCCAGCCGUCAUCCAAUCACCCGAUCUGAGGCCGACCGACUGGCCCCGCCCCCACAUGCUGCUGGCCUAUCAGGGGCCAGCGGGUAGGCCAACGGCCCCCCCCCUGCAUUUUGACCCCACCCUGAUGUUCCUGGAGCCCCCAGAGGAGGUUCAUGAUUGGCUGAGAGGGAGAGGGGGCGUGGCCAUACCAGGAGCUAGGUGCACCCUCCCCUACCUGCCGCCAUCUGUCAGCACCCUGAGCGCGUUCAGUGGCCUCCUGCGGGCAAAGGCGUCAGUGACGGCGUCGGCUCUGCAGCUGAUGGCGGAGGCGGGCGGCGGCCGCUGCCCCCCUGACCACGACUACUGCGCCUCAGGCGAACCGGACGGCGUGCAGCCGCCAGAGCGGCAGGAGGAGCUGCAGGCCGUCCGCCAGCUGGUGGCGCAGCGCUUCUCCACAAACCCCGCCCACCAGCUGCUGAAGGCCCGCUUCCUGUCCCUGUUCACGCUGCCGGCGCUGCUGGCCACCGUGCAGCCAAUCAGCAGGAAGAAGCCAGCCUGUCCGACCAAUCAGGAGGAGGAAGAGGAGGAGGAGGAAGAGGAGGAAGAAGAGGAGGAAGAGGAGGAGGAGAGUCCUGACAGAGCUGCUGUUCCCUAAGCGGCCACCAGGCGUCUAUGUUUCACCUCUGAGCCGGUUCUGCUCCGUUCCGAACUGGAACCAGAAUGAGAACCGGAACCAGAACCGGUUCUGACCCCAUCUCGUUUGUCCUGCCGGCUGCCGACUCUGCAGCUUCAGCCAAUCACUUUUCAGAGAUCCGGUGCCAACCCAGACCCGGUUCUACAGAACCUGACCCACACUAGACGGUCAAACCAAAGCCAGUCUGAAACCGGUUCAGAUCUGAGUCCAGCGGUCCAGAACCAGUUCAUGGAGACUGGAGCAGAUGGACAGUUCUUCCACCUGGAGACGAUCAGAACCAGGAAACGACUGAGAGACGAAACUGAACUUUAUGAGUUCCUUUACUAGCAAAACACGGUGCGUUCAGGGGCCGCGGUGCGUUCAGGGGCCGUGGUGCGUUCAGGGGCCGUGGUGCGUUCAGGGGCCGCGGUGCGUUCAGGAACAACGGUUACAGUGUUGCACUAAAACAUGUUUUGAAGUUGCUGCUUGUAAAUGUUUUUGUUUUUGAAAAAUAAUAAAUAAAUAAAAAUGUUUCUGA